UCAUACAAGGCUGCUACGUCCCAACAAUCGAGGUAGUGACUAUCCUGGUCAUUGUAUUGUGAAGAGACCUAGCUUAUUGAUCCUUCUGCUUAUACAUGCUUGCUGCCCCGCGCUGUCUAUUAUACAUGUCAGAAGCUUCUAUUAUUAAUCCAAGCCCGAUAGGUCUGCGAUUCCACGCCCCUUCGUUGAUCGGCUUCCAGCAUCUUUGCUAAAGCCGCUCAAUAUUCAAGCCUGGAAUUUAGGGACUUAACCUGAUUUUCAGUUCCGAUUUCUCCCCGGCGCACGCUGCAAGGUACGAUAGUAGGAGCCGCAACGGAGAAGAUCCUGAGACAUUGACUACCCUGCGUACAUCGUGUUACGUCAGAAUAGCGAACACGAGCUACAUCUGUCUUUGGUCACCACACCACCACGCCUAUCGCCAACAAUACACCGAGUAUGGGCUAUACGAUCCUCAUUACAGGUGCAUCCAGCGGCUUCGGUGCACUUACAGCCCGCGCGUUGGCUAAAGCUGGCCAUAACGUCUAUGCUGGUCACCGGAGUCUUAGGACAGAAUCUGCGGCUGUAGAAAAAGACAGUACUUUCAAUAAAGAGCACGGUCUGGAAAUUCAUGCCCUCGAGCUCGAUGUGACUAAGGACGAAAGUUGCAAAGCGGCUGUCGAGAAGGUCAUCACCGAGGCGGGCUCUUUAGACGUCGUGGUUCACAAUGCUGGUCACAUGGGUUUCGGUCCUCUAGAGGCUUUCACACCGGACCAGCUGCUGAGCAUGUUUGACGUCAAUGCGCUGGGCACCCAUCGACUCAACCGUGCAUUCCUGCCGUACAUGCGGAAGAAAGGAACCGGGUUGGUUUUAUAUGUCGGAUCGACUAGCACAAGGGGCGCGAUGCCGCCCUUUCUAGGGCCGUACUUUGCGGCAAAAGCGGCCAUGGACUCGUUGGCGGUCAGCAUGGCUGCUGAGUUAUCGCUUUGGGGGAUAGAGACGUCAAUUGUCGUUCCGGGCGCCUUUCCUACUGGCACAAACCAUUUCACGAAUGCGGCUCGCCCUCAUGAUACGAACGUCGCGAUUGAGUACGAGACCGGAGCCUAUCAAGGGGUAUCGCAGCGCGUCGACAAGGCGUUCGAGAACAUGACUCCAAAGGACAAUCCCCCAGAUGUUAACGAUGUCGCCAAAGCCAUUGUGGAGGUAGUAGGUACGGCUCAUGGCAGGAGACCUUUCAGGGUGCAUAUCGAUCCACUGAAUGAUGGAGCGGAGGAUGUGAGCAAGGUUGCCGAUAAGAUACGUGCGGACUAUUACACCCAAAACAACUUGGGUGACCUGCUGGCACCAAAAGCUACGACCGGUUGAUAAGCACCAAGGCAAUGGCAGGAAGACUCGUUGGGGAGCCGCAGGUGGUGUCAGGUCAGUUUCUACCAACUAGGUAUCACUAUAGCAGUAAGCCUUGUAAUUAAUUUUGAAAUAACCAUCUCGUCGUGAAUGAUUCC